AUGAAAUGAGACUUGACCUAAAAACGUGUUUUUGUUCUUGACCAAGAGGGUGUUUGGAUUGACUUUUAAAAUGACUUUUUCUUUAUCUUUUGGAAAAAGUCCAAAAAGAUGUUUGGUAAGGUAAAAAUGACUUUUAUAAAUGACUUUUUGUAUAGAGUAUUUUGAGACUUUUUGAAAAGUCACGUAUACAUGACUUUUCCUAACUUUUCAGCAACUAAAAAUUGGAAAUUACCAAUAUGCCCUUAUCUACCCUAAUUAACGCCACAUUCAUUCACGUCCAUUCACAGCUUCUCUUGUUCUCUCCGCUCAAGCACUCUCUCUCGCAUCUCGAUCUCUCUCGCAUCUCGACCUCUCGACCUGCAACAAACACCGGCGACGCCGGCGACCUGCAACACCGGCGACGCCGGCGACCUGCAACCCCGCGAACAGAUAAUGGAUGAAAACAACACUACAAAUGUUGACUGUGAAACAUCUUUAAAAAUGAAAAAACCAAAAUUUGGGUGGGAUAAUCGUAGCUUCAUGGUGUUUGUUGAUUCGUGUUUGAUUGAAAAAAAAAAAGGUCGUAAAGCCACUUCCUCCUUUGAUAGAAUUGGGUGGGAAAAUAUACAAAGACGUAUUAAGGAGAAAACAGGUUAUAGCCUUGAAAAAAAACAACUAACAAACAAAUGGGAGAACAUGAAAAAAGAGUGGAAGCUUUAUGACCGCUUAAUGAGACUUGAAACCGGACUCGGUGGGACGAGAAGCCUAAUAGAUGCGUCCCCCGAGUGGUGGGAGGAGAAAAUAAAGGAGAAUAAAGAUUAUGUCAAAUUUAGGAACACAGAUUUGAGCAUAUUUGAUGAGAAAUAUGCUUUUUUGUUUCGGGAUUCUGUUGCCGUUGGAGAUCAGACUAUGACUCCAUUACAAUUUCAAAACAAUAGCAAUCCAAACGAAGAAAAUAUGGAGGGCAAAGGAGAUAGUGAUGAAAUCAAUUUAGAUGAUGAUGAGCCUCUUUUUACUAGUCUCAAUGAAAGUAGUUCAAGUAAAAGGAAGAGGUCUAAGUCUGUUUCCAACAACCGUCCAACCAAGAGUAAAAAUUCUAUUUAUGAAGAAAAAGUUGAUGCUUUAUUGGAUGCCAUAUCAUCAAAAAGCACACAAACUUAUCCACAAAAUAAUCCGUCCCCAACAAUAGCAGAUUGCAUGGCCAUUGUCAUCAAGUUCCCCGAUUUUCGUGAAGGGUCCAACAAUUUUUCACAAGCCUUGUUUGUCUUCACCAAAAAGCAAAACCGUGAAGCUUUUAUGUUUCCAACGACCGACGAAGCCAAGAUGGAGUUUCUUAAGUUACUUAUGAAAUAAUGAUUUAGCCAUAUGUGUUAUGUUUUGACAUUUAUGUGUUAUCCGUUGACAUUAUGUGUUGUCCUUUGACAUUUUAUAUUAUGUGUUAUUGUUUGACUUUA